AUGCACCACCACCUGGUCGUCGAGCAAGACCUAACUACACCUCCCGACUCACAAAUGCCUGCCCUGCAAUUACCGCCUAAUCUCAAGUUUGGCCCUUUCGCCGUGACAUCACAAGUCUUUCAUCUCUCACCCUCGCGUCUGUCAUAUGGCUUGGUAAACCUCAAGCCACUACUUCCGGGACACAUCCUGAUAUGUCCGGUACGGAGUGUGCCUCGGCUUUCGCAACUCACCGCCACGGAGACGGCCGAUCUAUUUAACACCGUCCGUUCUGUUUCGCGGACACUUCAGCGCGUAUACCGCGCGACGUCUUUCAACAUUGCCGUUCAAGAUGGAGUUGAUGCUGGGCAGUCAGUCCCGCAUGUUCACGUCCAUGUGAUCCCGCGGCAGAAAGGGGAUUACGACGACCGAGGCGGCGGGGAUCGGAUCUACGAUGCCAUGGAUGGAGACGAAGGGGACAUUGGCAAGGCCUUCCUUGAAAUGCAGAGGAUGCGGGAUGAGAGAGCGAAGAAGGGGAGGCGGGAUUUUGUGGGUGGCCCGGACAGCGAUAGGAAGGCAAGGAGCGAGGAGGAGAUGAAGAGGGAAGCGGAAUGGUUGAGAUCGGAGAUUGAAAAGGAUCGCGGAGAGGGAGAGGGCGAGGGCGAGGAUGAGGAAUGA